GAAAAAUCGGCUUUAAAAUGUCUCUAACUAGUCUUAAUCACAUUUGUUUACGUCACUAGUGAAAGUGAGUCAGUUGUACUUCAAUAAGCACAAAAUUCGCUCAAAAGUUUGAAAAUCAAUUGGUUUUCUUUUUGUCAAAUUUAAGAUUUCGCGAUGAAAAAAUUGUGAAGAAUGAGUGUGUGUAAAUUUAUUCAUUGUUUGUUUUAAAGCUGUAGAAUUUCGCGUACAAGAAUAUCAAAUAUGUAAACUGGAAAUUGCAAAUGUAAUCACAUAAAGAAAAAUAUAAAAAAUAAAAUUACUCAACAAAGACUCCUAAGAAAGAUUCAAAGAUGGAUUGGAUCAUAUCAGAUGAAUACAAAUUGACUGUGGGUAAUGUCCUUGGACAUUUAGCCGCAUCAGCAAUGAUUGGUGGCGGUAUCCUGCCUUACGUUCCACAAUAUCGACAGAUUGUCAAGACUCAGGAUGCUGACGGGUUCUCACUUCAUGUUUGCCUCGCUCUUCUCAUUGCUAACACUUUGAGAAUCUUUUUCUGGUUUUCUAAACGAUAUGAACUUCCGCUUCUCAUCCAAAGUGUUGUUAUGAAUAUAACAAUGUUCUUGAUGAUUCAUUUAUGCGUGAAAGUAAGAAGAAACAACAAUAUAAUGCGGGCAAGGGAACGUGCCUUCUCUGAUCAAGCUGUUACAUCCGUUGAUGGACUCUCGCCAGUCAAUAAAAGCACCAGUGAAUCACAACCGCAGCCGUCAGACAAUUUAGUCAAAAAACAGUCGAAACAUUAUAUCAGUGAUUUUGACUCACGUUACUUUUGGGCUUGGACGGACUUUCAGUCUUAUUUAGAUUUCAUGUUGGUUGUUUGGGCGAUCGGAGCUGCUGUUACUUAUAUCAUGUUGCCAGUCAAUUGGUUCAUGGAAACCAUCGGAUUUCUUGCCGUGUUCACUGAAGCAAUGUUGGGUGCACCACAAUUUCUUCGCAAUUAUAAAAAUAAAUCAACACAUGGAAUGAGCUUUCUCAUGGUCAUCAUGUGGACAAUCGGUGACGUCUAUAAGACAACAUAUUUCAUUCUUCGGCAUGCUCCAAUGCAAUUCUGGAUUUGUGGCAUGCUUCAAGUUUCAUUAGAUUUAGCAAUUCUCUUUCAAGUUUACAUCUUUCGUAAAAAUCCAGCACCACGUAACACGCAUCGUGGCGAUUAACAAUUCACCCCCAACGAUACCCAACGCCAAAGUCAACGACAAAAUCAAAAUCAACAACAUCCCGAAUCAGACACAAGAUGUCGUCAAAUGUCCUUUAAGUUUAUGAAGAAGAGAGCGAAUGGUUCUAGUGAUCCAACUUCAAUUAUUUCAACCGAAUUGCAAAUUUCCGAUAAUUUGAAUCUCAACACAACAACAUCAGCGACAUCAUCAAAGUCAGCAAUGGCACAUAAAGAAACGUAUGUUAAUAUGAUUUAUCCAUCAACUGAACCAUCAUGUAGUACAGAAAUCCCACCAUUGGGAUCCAAUGUUGAGUCACCUGACGACGAUGAUGAUGUUGAAAUGAUGAAAAAUCAAACAAAAAAAGUGACACGUCAACCAUUUCGUUUUAAGCAAUUGAGUUUAAUUAAAAGUGGAAGUUAUACGUUGAAGAGUCAAUCACCACCACUUACGGAACUCACAACCUCACCAAUUGAUGAAAAGAUUAUUUUAGAACGUCAAAAGUCUGUCACCAGUUCAUCACGCUUUAAGAAAUUUUUCAUGCUUUCACGAACCGAUCCAUCACGUAAACAACAAAAGGACAUUAGCUUGAAGAACUUAAGACAUGUUUUAUGACAAAACGUUUCGCUGGUCGUCAUGUGGCCAGCGAUCGGGAAUGUUGAGCUUUUAAUGAAUGAGAUUCGAGGUGAUAAACGAAUUGUGACAUCAUCACAUGAUGCAUUUGAAGUUGGAAUGAAGACAGCGGAAACACAAACUGAGUUGAUUGAUGGAAGUACACCAAGCAGUGGAGAUUUUCAAGUUAUUGAUGAAAUAAACUCAUCGGCUGUCGAUGAAAAUCAAAUUAAAUUGAACAUCAAUUCAAUGAAAGAUAUUAAAGAUUUAAAAUGUAUUGAUGAUGAUGACGAUGAUGCAAUGAGUGGACAUCGGAUUCUUUUCCCGCCCGACAAUCCUGAAACAAAAUUAUAGCAUUGGAUGGCGUUUCAAAAACUAUUAAACUUAAUCGUCGUUGACAUAUCGCGGAAAGAUAAACUUAUGAUUUUGUUGAAAAUUCUUUGUUGACAUGUGACUGAGGAAACGAAAAAUUUUCUCAAUUUCUUUGUUUUUAUUUUUGUGUCAAUUUUUGGGUAUCAAAAUUUGUUGGGGGGACUACGAAAGAUUAGAAAGUUAAGAAUUAAUUAUAAUGUAAAAAUCCACUUGUGUACAUUAUUUACAUUUAUACCGUUAAUCAUUAUGAGAGAGAAAGCAUAUUUUAUUUUUGUAUCAAUGACUUCCUUUUGUUAUUCACUAUAAAGUUAAGCUUAAUUAAGUAUUUCUCAGAAAAUUCUUUUUAAUCUAACUCUUAUGAUUUAAGCUAAAUCCAAAUCUUUAAAUUGAUCUAAUUCCAAAAAGUUAAUAAACAUUAAAUCCACUUCUUAAUCUAAUCGUGAAAGAAUUUUCAAGAAUCUUUUGUUAAAAACUUUUCAAUUAAUUUUAUUGGCAUCUACGAACAAAGAGAGAAACAUCUUAUUUAAAAUAUUAGAAAAUCCUCAAUUAAAGAAGUAAAGCCUAUAAAAGUUCUAAAAACAAUUCCAUUAAUUUAAUUAAUUAGGUAAAAUUAUUAGCAAAAGAGAAAUCUAAACAUUUAUUUAACUAAAUUUAAAAAGUUUGUGUUGUAAAGCAUAAGAAAUUAAAAACUUCGAUCAAUUGAUUGUGCGAGCAGUGAACAAGCACUUAUUUUGCAUGAUAAUCCUAGAAAAAAUAUGUGCAAAUGUUAAAAUUAAAAAUUAAAUUAUUAAUCCAAGAGUGAGCAAUAGCAAAACUUCUAUUUGGUUUUCUUUGGUCUUUUAACAUUUACACUUGAACGCAAGA